AUGAACAGUAUACCACCGCAAUUCCUUAUGCAGAUAAUGCAAGUGAUGCAGCAAAUGUCGGAACGUUUAAGUACACCGCCAGAAACGAAAAUACGUAUUAAUGACAUUUACUUACCAUCUUUUGACCCCGACACUAUGUGGGAAGAACAUGUUUAUGACUCUUCAAAAGACAUCUCGGAGUUUUUAUCACGUGCUUGGGUCUUAUGGAGAAGAAUCACCAAGGACAAACUAUCAAAUGAAGAUGCAGUUGAAGCAGUGAUUGGUUGUGUAAACGAUGAAAGACUUAGGAUCGAGCUACUGAACACGCGGGCCACAACGGUACCGGAGCUGAUAUCUGUUGCAUCAUCUAUAAGAACAAUGAAGCGUGCUCACCCGAAUUCAAAUAGUGUGAACACAAGUAAACGACCACGAUUUUCAAACGCAACUCCAUCGACUUUACCCUGCCGUAUCUGUAAAAGAUCUAAUUCCACUACUAGCGAAUGUUAUUAUAAGCCUACUGAAUCCAAACCUGAACAAAGGAACAAAACUAAAACCGAAAACAACAACAAGGAAGUAACCUCCAACCAGAACAAUAAAACAACAAUCUGUUCAUUUGCAAAAUACCAGGGCACUCUUUUGAAACCUGCUUCAAACGCGAACGUUCAU